GUUGUCCCGUACUCUCCGUGGCGCACCGCCAGUGUGCGUUCGAAUCGUCUUUCGUGAGUACUUUCGUUCCUCGCGUAGCGUAGCCUGCGUCUGAUGAGUUGUCCGUCAAGCAUCCGUCGUGUCUGCAGCAAGUGCGUCUUGACCGAAACCAGAACAAACGUACCGUCGUCGGCAGACACUUGGCACGUUUCCCAAUAACGGGCGGCACCCAUUCAUCGAGCGGGAAAGGAUCUUCUCGUGAUUCGCGAGCGCGUCGAGAUCGAUUCUAAACCAUGCCUGCCGCACCUAGUGCCGCCUCCGUGGGCUCCGUUGGACGGUCGCCCAGCAAAGCGAUAGCGCCGAGAACAGGUGGCAGCGGUACCGUUAGACAGAGGAAGACCGUGUCGGCGAACAGCUCGACGAGAAACAGGAGCACGGGCACGAGUUCCGGCGGCAUGUGGAAAUUCUACACGGACGAUUCACCGGGUAUCAAAGUAGGUCCUGUGCCAGUGCUCGUCAUGUCUCUCUUAUUCAUUGCAUCUGUGUUCAUGCUUCAUAUUUGGGGCAAGUACACCCGCAACUAGAGUUAAAUACGAUGUGAUUCAGGAUGGGCGGCGAAAGAAAAACUGGAAAAACCAGAUGGUAACUGGGCGAUGCAACUUGUGAAGUGAAUGACGCACCGAUAUUAAACUCAAAUAUGUACGUCUUGAUAUAUAUGUGUGAUAUAAUUUCGAAGCACGUAUCUUAAAGUGCGCGUGUACGUUACCGAGCAUAUGUGAAUAUGUAUAUCAUCGUGAGAACCACUCAUAAAAAUCAUUGCAAGUUAGAGGUAUCAUUACAUGAAUAGAAAUAUACUAAAGUUGCGAACAAGGUAGACUUGUAAGGGGGGAAUACUUUUUUCUUUUAUAAUUCCACAUUUAUGUGUAUCGUGUGAGAAAGUAUGUGAAAGUAUUUAAUUUUAUUGGAGGCUUGCGAAAGCUCGUCUGAUCGUCAAUAAUUCCACUGACUCCGGAAAUGAGUCAUCUUGAUCAGGCGAGUACCUGAAAUAUGGCGGAAAGGAUAAUGAUGAUAAAUAUUUGAUGAUGAUGAUGGAACAUGGCAUGUAUCAUUGUUGCUAUCAGUGAAAGAAAGCCAGAAAUUCUAUUAACUUUUAUAAGCCUCUAGUAAUUCGCAAUAUUACUGUUACAAGAUCGUUGAAGUAAAUAUGACUUAUUUUUAUCCUGUAAA